AUGCCUGUUGCUCUGGAAAUGAUCCUGCUUCUCUUCCUCUUUGGGAGCGUCUGGGCCCAAAACACGAGCUCAGAGUCUCCGGAUGGCACAAUUACUUUGCAGAAGUUGGAACCCACAGCGGUCUCUGUUUCUUUGGUCUCAAAUAUCUCUGAGACCACAAAAUUCAACUCAACGACAUCUAAUUUUGCAACAACCGAGGUCUCUAAGACAGAUGACAGCACUGAGCACAAGAUCUUCCCGCCUUCCUCAACUCCCUAUACAGCCAAUGAAGUUUCCUCUCCUGGGACUUCCAUUGCUACCAGUAGGGGCCCUCCUGUAAAUGAGUCAAUAAGCUCCCAGAAAGAUUCGGCCAAAAACUUAUCAAUGCCCCUGGAAAUCUCUAAUGCAACCAGUAUACCUGCUGUCCCAGUAGUGAAAUCUGCAGGAUUCCACACUACGACUGGUGAAACCAUGGCAACUAGCCCUCUGGAGACCUCCAGUGGGACCAGUGGACCCCUUGUCACCACAGCAACUAGCUCUCUGGAGGCCUCUGAUGGGACCAGUGGACCCCCUGUCAUCAUGGAAACUAGCUCUCUAAAGACCUCCAAGGAGACCAGUGGACUUCCUGUCACCAUGGCAACUACGUCUCUGAAGACCCUCCCGGGAACCAGUGGCUCCUCCAUCACUGGAGUAAAAAUAUCCAACCCAACGUCCUCCACAAACAUUAGCAGUAGGUCCUCCCCAAAUUCAGGUUGGGAGGCAAAUGGCACCUUGCUGGUAGCUGUGCUUGUGGCUCUGCUGGUGGUCAUUUUCCUCAUGGCACUACUCCUGCUGUGGCGCCAGCGGCAGAAGCGGAAGACAGGAGUACUGACACUAAGCAGGGGUGGAAAACACAACGGGGUGGCAAGUGCCUGGUCUGGGGUAGCCCAGGUGUCUCAUGAGGAGGCCGCGACAAUAACAGAGGGAGCGUCUGGGGGUAACAAUGACUCUGGGGUCCCCCAGGGGGAGGGGUCUGGCCAGCGGCCCACACUUACCACUUUCUUUGGUAGACGGAAGUCUCGCCAGGGCUCCGUGGCGCUGGAGGAGCUAAAGCCUGCGCCAUCCCCCAGCCUAAAGCAGGAGGAAGAGCCACUGGUGGGCAGCAAGGAUGAGGCUGCGGAGACCUCUACUUCUGAUGGGCCAGAAGAGGGAGAUGUGGAGUCCCCUUAA